UUAUCUUUACAACGGGAACUUUUGUCGGAAACACGUAAAAGUAGUUUCUAGAAGGUUUUGUUUUAGGGAUCUGAUUUAUCCGAUUUUUUUGUUAUUUUUUGUUAUUUUUUCUUAAUUUUUAUAAAAAUCAUUAUAAUUCAUAAACGUUCCGUAUCCGAAGGAAAAAUUGAAAAUAAAAAAUUAAAAAAAAAAAAAAAAAAAAAGUUAAAAAAUAGUGAUAAAUGAAACAUUGUACAUAUUGUGGUCUAUUUAGAAUUGUAGGCUAGUCUUGUCAUUGUAUAAUCAUGAUUCCAGCUAGUUUUUACAUUCUGCCUUGGUUUACUAGUACGGAUCCUUCGCUGGCACAAUAAAUGACAACCUCUCUUAUUGAAACAGAACGCUCGCUUGUAACAAAGGUAGCAAAAGGUCUUUUGAAAUGUUUGGAUACAAGAGAUGCACACGAAUUUACUCGGUGCCAUAUACAAAAUUCCGUUAACAUUCAUUACUCAAAAUUGCAACACCUAUGGUUUCAACUUCCUGCUAAACAGGUUCCCCUAGUGGUUGUAGAGGACGGAAUACAUGGCAUUGAUGAAAACGAACAAGGUACUUGUGGAAGUCAGUUAAAGGAUCGAGGAUGGCUUGUUGAAAAAAGCAUCAUCGCAAAUGAAUCUUUGUGGAAUUGGUGCAGAGAAAAUGGAUUCCUUGAAGAAGGAACAAGCAAGCAAGUACUGUUUUCUCCCAGCCCUCAUCUUGCAGCCGUCAUAGAUAAAAUUGAAACUGCUUUCGCACCUAAAAAGACAGCACGAGUCCUUGACAUUGGAUGCGGUUCCGGAAGAGACCUUGCCUGGCUUUGUUUUAGAUCAAAGUUUCAAUGGAUGGUCUCGGCUUUGGAUGCUGAAAAACGUGCCAUCAAUCGGUUUACAGACUUUUUUGAGCAAUUAAAUCUUGAAAGCCGAGUUGAAGAUGCUUGUGUGGCUAAAGUGGACCAAAACGGUCUUUGGACGCUAUAUACGCGCGAAGGAAAAAGGGUUACGGAUCAAGAAGGUCUCACAACUGCCUCUUUCCUUUCCUCCAAUUUUCGGUUUAACGAGUCAGAGAAAUUUGAUCUCAUUCUUCAAAUACGAUUUUUAAAUAGAGCCCUUUUAAAAGACACUGCCGAAAUGCUAAACAAAAACGGGUUUUUGUUUCUGUGCACCUUUACCGAUGAUGGAAAAACUGUCUAUGAGUAUCCCAAAACACAAGACCAUCGUCUGCAGAAAGGGGAAAUAAAAAAACUGGUCGCCAAAUUGGAUGGUCUGGAACUCGUGUGCGACGACAUAGGUUACAUUGAAGACGGCCGUCCUGUUGAAGUUGUUCUCAUCCAGAAAACUAAUUAGAUUAUUAUACUAAAAAUGUCAUUGUCUAAACUACCACAAAUCCAACUCGAUUUCUUCAGUGUUUUUCGUAGAGUCUUCCGUUUCCGGUGCCGACUCUAAUCCUAAGAGACGUCUGAAUUCCGUCGUUUGAGGAUUGACAAAUGUGUUCGCUAAACAAGUGUGAUUCGUUAGUCAACAGUGUAUCAGAUGAAGAUAAUCGAUCAAUCAUACGGAGUUGUUUGUCGGUAACAUCCCGACUAUGAGGAGGUGCCGUCUGGACGAAAUUUUGAGGAAUACCCAAUUUAGAAGCUUUGACGAUAUGUUCGUCCACCCAGUUACUCUCCGCUGCAAUUUGUCUAAACGUGUUAAAUUUUAUAUGUGCCAAUAGCCACACGGGAAGUCAUACCUCUGGAUUUCCUCCAUGUCUGGAAGCUUAACACGUUCCACAGUUUGUGACUGAUACUUGUCCAAUACACGAGUGAUAGCCAACCAUUCUGGAUCGUAUUGCAUCAAUGGGCCGGUAACUGAUUCAUUUUCAGGAACAUCAAUUUCGAACACCUCAAAGUGUUUGCGUCUCGGAAGACACUUGUCCAACGCAAAGAAUUCGGUUUUCUUUCUAAGAUCCGAAUUUUCUCCUGAGAGUUCAUCGUCAUGUUUUUCCAGCGUUUCAUGUUGAACAGUAGCUGAAAAGUACGUGUGAAGGUGCGCAGCAAACCAGUAUCGUGGUUUCAGAUGACGAAGCAAUUCUUCGUUUGCAGGAGAACCCAAGUCAUUGCGUUCCACUUCCUUUCGAAAAAAUGGUUUGCGUCUUAACAAAGCCUCAACAUUUCCAUGUUGCUCAAUACCACGGGGCCAGUCAUGUGAAAUGGCAAUAUCAAUUGGCUUCUGAAGACACUUCAAUUUAAACACGUCAAAUUCUCGAACAUGAUAUAUGCUUUUUACCGUCUUGUAGUUAUACGGCAACUUUUCAUAACGCCCUGUUCUUCAAGUUAACCAAAAAAAUCAAACAGUUGUCGAAUAAACAAACCUUUAUAGUAAUCAUUCACCUUGUAUAUACCGCUUAAACCAGCAAUCCGCAGACCACCGACAUUAAUAACUGAAGACCGGCCCAUGUAGUAAAUUUUCUGUGCAACCCAGCCUCCAUAAGGACUAUUCAGUUCGUUAGUUUACUAGACAUAAUGCUACCCAUUGCGUUGGAAAUUACAGUUCAUCCAGAUAAUUGCUAGCUUCAUGAUUUCCGCCCACGAAUAUGGUAAGAAUUGGGGCCUGUCUUUUUCCAGCGUAGUAAGAGGGGAAAUCCCCAAGCUGUUUGUACUUGUCUGGCAUUGAUAUAGCAUGGUAAUCUGCCAAAUUUCGAAGUGCCUGAAAAUCACCUCCUAUAAUCAACAAGUCGACUUUUUUCUCCCUCGCCAUUUGGUACAACCGAUCAAGCGCUCCAUGACAACAGCCUUGCACUCCAACACGCAUCUUGACAAACAAAUCGCCCGUCGCGUGUGUUUUUCUGCGGAAGAGGUUCAACGCAGAAAAAAGAUAAGCUUCAAGGAGAAGAAGUCAGAACACACAACACGAAGGUUCCAGUGGAAUUCCAGAGAUGAUGAGAGGAUAUGAAUAUUAAGCAUUCUAUUACUAAAAUAAAUAAUGUUAAGAGACAGGGAGGUUAAUAGCAGGUCAGCAUUUUUG